UGACACACACACUCCCAGCUCUCUCUCUCUCAACCAAUGGCGUAGAACAGAUUGAGAGAAGAAGAAGAGAGAUAAAGCUAAAAGCUCCCUCACACCACACCAGAGCUCACCUCUCUCUCUCUCUCUCUAAAACCCUCCUCCCAAAAUCGAAUCUUGCGCCGCCCCAGCAAUGGCGGAGAGCCAGAAAUACAUCACCGCCGACGAGCUGGCCACCCACACCACCUCCGGCGACCUCUGGAUCUCCAUCCACGGCAAAAUCUACGACGUCUCGCGCUGGAUCAAAUCCCACCCCGGCGGCGACCUCCCCCUCCGCAACCUCGCCGGACGCGACGCCACCGACGCAUUCCUCGCCUACCACCCCACCCGCGCCUGGCCCCACCUCGCCCAAUUCCACAACGGCCUCCACCUCCAAAACUACACCGUUUCGGAGGUCUCCAAGGACUACCGCAAACUCCUCCACGACUUCACCAAGAUCGGCCUCUUCGAAAACAAGGGCCACAACGUCUUCCCCUCACCCUCUUCUCUAUCUCACUCACACAUCCACACAAAUUAUACUGGAAAUAAGCAGUAAGAAAUAGCUGAAAAAAAAUGGGAGUUUCAGUUCCCAUUCUCGCGAUCUCCAUCUCUCUGCACCUCAUUGCUUUCGUGCUUGCUGUCGGCGCCGAACGACGCCGUAGCACGGCGACGGUGAAGCCGGAUGAGUACGACGAGAGAACGUACUGCGCGUACGGAACCGACGCGUCGACGGUGUACGGACUGGCGGCGUUCGGGCUGCUGCUGAUUGCGCAGGUGUUGAUUCACGGCGUUACCAAGUGUUUCUGCUUUGGGAGGGGGAUGAUGGAAGGCCGCCGCUCUACUACUCGCGCUGUCGUCUUCUUCGUUCUCUCAUGGAUCAUUUUUCUGGCAGCAGAGGCAUGCUUGCUGGCAGGAUCAGCUCGGAAUGCUUACCACACAAAAUAUCGAGCAAUUUUCCACGUAGAGCAAAUAUCGACGCCGGCGAAG